AUGGAUAUUCCUAUAAAUGAGGAAGUUUCACUACAUUCGAUAUCAACACAAGGUAGCCGCUACACAGAUGAUGACGGCACAAAUUUUUAUAAGGGUAAAAUUUUCAAGGACAAGCAAGAAUUAAUUAAAUUGUUGAAGCUUGCUUCCGUGAAGAAAGAUCAAAGAUUCAAAUCUGCGAAGAGUUCUAAAGAUGUGUAUUGUGCUAGAUGUGUAGAUCAAAAUUGUGAUUGGUGGUUGCGAGCUACAAAACUUAAAAGUUGUAAUAGAUUUGAAAUUACAAAGUAUCGCAACAUUCACUCAUGUGGGACACAACACCUUACAAGUCAUCAUCCACAUGCCUCAGCAGAUGUCAUUGCAGAAUACAUACAACCUAAUUACUUGAAUGGAAAAGGUCCCUCCACAAAAGACAUAAAAAAUAUAGUGCAAGCAGAUUUGGGCUGCAAGAUUAGUUACUGGAAGUGUUGGAAAAGCAGUGAGAUAGCAAAGGCUAUGAUAAGAGGGACACCGGAGCACUAUGCAGUUCUAGAUGGUUAUCGUCAUAUGCUUAUGACUAUAAAUGAAGGAAGCAAGACAUCGUCAAAGCUUGAUGACAAGGGAAGGUUCAAAUAUUUUUUUGCAUCUUAUGGAGCUUGGAUUAGGGGGUUUGUGCAUAUGAGAAAAGUUUUAGCCGUUGAUGGAACAUUCUUAAGAGGUCGUUACGAUGGAGUUUUGUUGUCUGCUGUCUCACAGGAUACAGAAAAUCAUGUUUUUCCUGUUGCAUUUUGUGUAGUAGAUAAGAAAUGUGAUGCCGCAUAUGAGUACUUUUUUGAGAAAUUGUUGGACAUAGUCCUUGAUACUUCAGAGUUGUGCAUUAUUUCUGAUAGGCAUCCAAGCAUAGAAAAAACACUAUCAAAAUUUUACUCUGAAGCAUACCAUGGAUGUUGCACGAGGCAUCUUGGUGAAAAUGCCCGUGAAAAUUUUCAUUGUGGAGCUUUUCUUGGACAUUAUUACCAUGCAACAAAAACAUAUCGAAGAGAUGUGUUCCAUCACCAUUUUGAACAAAUCCAAAUUAUCAAUGCGGAGGUCGCUGAUUAUCUUGAGAAUGUUGGGUUUCACAAAUGGAGUAGAGCAUAUUUUCCAGGAAACAGAUAUAAUGUAUUGACCUCAAAUAUUGUUGAGUCUGUUAAUGCAAUAUUCAAUGAAGCAAGAGAAUUUUCCAUUAUUGCCUUGUUCAAUGAUAUAAGCAAGAGAUGGUCGAAAAAAUUUCAUGAGAGAAGAAUGGCAUACGCCAAGCUAAAAACCACCUUCGUUCCUUCAGCUGAAACUAAAAUAAUGGCUAAUAAGAAUUUGGGAAAUAAAUUAUUGGUCCAUCAAAUUGAUGAAGACACCUUCAGCGUCACCGCGGACAAUGGAAUCGCAAUGGUCCAUCUUCGAAGUAAAAUAUGUUCGUGUCGAGAGUUUGACUUGGAUAAAAUACCCUGUCAACAUGAUAUGGUUGCGCUCAGACACAAAUUUGGAGAUGAAUAUGGCAAGAUGAUUUAUGAGUACUCUUCUCCGUAUUAUAAGGUAGAGUCAUAUAUACUUGCAUAUGCAGAUCCAAUCUAUCCAGUGCCAGCUGAAGAAUUUUGGAAUCUUCCUCUGGAAAUUUUAGAGAGAGUAAUACCUCCACCUGAAAAGAAAACUAAACUGGGAAGGAAGCGGUUGAAACGAGUACCUACUAUAGGAGAAGUGGUUUCAAAGAAAAGAAAUAAAUGCUCUCUAUGUAAAAGAUUUGGCCACAAAAAAACUUCAUGUCCUACGAGAUAA